GCUCCCAGACUGCGAGACAGACGCGCAGACAGACAGACGGAUCGACAGACGAGACACCCCCGCAUAGUUUCCGUCAGCGGGUGACGUCUCCGCCUCUCUGCCGGGCGUGCAUGUGACGUGCGGGGCUGCGCGGAGCUGAGCGGAGCGUCUGGUUGAGGCUUUUCCAGCGCAGAGAGGACCAGAGGCGGGAGGCGCGCGGACGACCGUCACGGCUCAGGCCCAGAAGAACCAAUCCCGUCAUGACCUCCAGCCAGAAACCCCGCCUCUCUUGAGAAGCCUUCAGGCAGUAGCGGAUCGGUGGUUCACUACGACAGCUGUGGCGAUGGCCGGCCCCCAGACCGGCGUGAAGACCCCCUUCAAGGACCUGACCUCCUUCAAAGGGAACCUGAAGCGGCUGUACCGCGAGCGCAUGGAGGACGCCCCCAUCAAGAAGAGGGUGAUGGCGGAGAUCCACAUGAAGCGCCGCUGCUUGGACUCCUUCCCCAAAGCUCCCAAAGUGAAGCGGGAGCAGGAGGAGGCGCUCCGCGGCAUGGACGUGGACGUGGACGGCCGCUCCGAGCUGCACGCCGCGAGCGCCGCCAAAGCCCUGGACCUGAGUCCGGGACUCAAACACACGCUGGCACAGUUCACCCUCAGCAGCCAGAGCUCCCUGGGGGGCCCGGCCGCCUUCUCGGCCCGCACCGGCCACGAGCACUCCCCCGCGGGGCUGCCGCCGCUGCCCUCCCCGCCCGUCCUGGGAGGGGGGCCCCUGCUGGUGCCCUGCGACAGCUCCACUGAACUCACCCACUCGCUGCUGGAGGGAGAGUCCAUCUCCUGCUUCGUGGUGGGGGGGGAGAAGCGGCUGUGCCUGCCGCAGGUGCUGAACUCGGUGCUGCGGGACUUCUCGCUGCAGCAGAUCAACACCGUGUGCGACGAGCUGUACGUUUACUGCUCCCGCUGCGACGCCGAGCAGCUGCACAUCCUCAAGGUGCUGGGCAUCCUGCCCUUCAACGCGCCGUCCUGCGGCCUCAUCACGCUGACGGACGCCCAGCGGCUCUGCAACGCUCUUCUGCGCCCCGGCGCCGUCCUGCCCCCCGACCCCAGCGGGAAGCUGUCGGUGCUGAAGGAGAGCGAGAGCAGCUUCCAGGUGGAGCACCAGUGCCUGGGCAAGUGUCAGGGGCUGUUCGCGCCGCAGUUCUACAGCCAGCCCGAGGCGCCGUGCAUCCAGUGCGUGGAGUGCCAGCUGCUGUUCUCGCCGCCCAAGUUCGUCAUGCACUCGCACAAGUCGCCCGACAAGCGGACCUGCCACUGGGGCUUCGACUCGGCCAAGUGGCCCUGCUACCUGCAGCUGGCCCGGAAGUACCAGGGGACCGCCGAGGAGCCCAAGCUCAAGCUGCUGCUGGACGAGGUCAAGGACAAGUUCAGCUUCCCGCCCAGGAGGGCAGCCGACAAAAAGACGGGGGAGGAAGAGGAGGGUCAUCUGAGGAAGAGUUCUGCAGAUCUCUGCUCCGCUAACAAGCUGGACGAGGCCGAACCUGCCAGAAAGGGGAAACCGUCUCCCCCCGCUCUGCUCUACAGCCGGGUCUUCACAGACAUCAAGGAGGAGCCAGGACACCCCACCCUGGUCCAUCCCAGUUACUACCUGUACACCUACGAUAAGAUGGUGGCCCCCAACGUGUCCCUGCGGAGGGAGGCGGAGAUGAACCCCGACAUGCUGGGGGCGCUGCUCAAGCAGCACUACAGCCGCAGGAACCCGGACGAGCCCCCAGUUGAUCUUCACGCGUCCCCCCCCCUCAUAGAGGAGGCCAAGUCCCACGGCGCUGAAGCCGCCUCGGCCUCCGAGUGCCAAACCCAGGCAGUUUCCAUGGAAACCAGCAGCCCCGUCUGCAGGAAAGCCACCCACAUCCCCCCCCACAGCCCUGCAGCCCCCCCUCUGCCGCCGUUGUCCUCGGUAACGGAAGCAAAGGACACGAGUUCUUCCGCAUGCGGCGCCGUGGCGGCUGGGGGGGGUCCGGAGGACGACAAGGACAGGAUCGUCGUGGAGAUCAUCCAGAUGUACAGCCGGCAGCAGGAGAAGCUCAACUCCACGCUGCACAAGCAGCUGCAGCUGGAGAUGGAGCUGGAGGCGCUGCGGGGGGGCGAGGCCGCGCGGCUGCGGGAGCUGAGCGCCGAGCAGCGGGAGCUGCGCAGCGAGCUGGAGGCGGUCCACAGCGAGCAGACUCGGCAGCUCAGCCAGGCACGCCAGGAGCAGCUGGAGCUGGAGACGCGGCUGGAGCAGCUGCGGCAGCAAGCCUGCGCCUGCGAGCCGGGGGCCCAGCGCCAGCAGGAGGCGCACUACGCCGCGCAGCUGUCGGAGCUGCGUCACCGGCUGGAGCGCGCCGAGGCCGACCGGCAGGAGCUGCAGGAGGAGCUGCGCCGGGAGCGGGAGGCCCGGGAGAGGCUGGAGUGCACCAUCGCCCAGCUCAAGCAACAGAUGGCACAGAACGGCCUGAUGGGAGGCAGCCCCUCUCCCCCUCUCACCCCCUCCACCGGACCCCCGGUCACCCACUCCUCCCCCUCCUCUUCCUCCUUGGCUGAGCCUCCGAUGUCUGGCCAAAAGUAGCUGCUCCUCCUCCUCCUGAAGCAGAAAGGAGCUUUUAUCUUGUGCACUCCCCCCCCUUCAUUUCAGCAAAGAACUGACUUUUAUUUUGAAAUUUGACUUUUCUUUCUACUUCUCUCUGAAAACAGUAUUUAAAGAUUUGUGGGCAUGUGCGUUUGAAUUAACUUAUAGUUUCUACUGAACAAACAGCUGCUUGACAGACAGGAAGUGACCAACCAAUCACUGACUCCGUUCUGUCCCCCCCCCCCCAAACUCUGGUUUUCCUGGAGUGAGAGACUUGCUUUUGGACGUCGGCCCCUCCCCGACUGAACACAGUCUGUUUUUCUGAGCUCUUUAACCAGCAGUGACUGAAGAUCCCGUCAAUCAUCAGGUGUCUCUGGAGAAGCCACACCCUCCAGGAGGCGGAUGUGGGAGGAGCUAACAGUGAUGCUUGAAGUGACUGUUCUUUUUCACCCCCCCUGAAAUAUUAUGGUCUGGAUUCCAGACGGAUUCCUGUCCCCCCUCCCUCAUGUCGUCACUUGAACCAGUAGCCACGCCCACAUUAGUGCCAAAGCUGCUUUUCUUUACCCGAGUGAGGCCGGCCCCCAAGUAGCCCGUUUUCUGCCUGGAUGAACAAACAUCCUCAUCCAGGCAGGCUGGAGGGAAGGGGGGGCACUCAGAGGACAGGACCCCCCCCCUUUUUGUUUCAGAAUGAGGGCAGCUGCUGUCGGGGGGGCCCUCUGCUCACCCUCGGGUGACGUGGCUCUGACCCCCCCCUCUCACCCACACAACCCCAGCUCCGCAUCGGGGGGGCUCAGGAGGACGUCCAGCCCUACAGAGCGGACUUUUAUGGCGCCGGUUGCCGGGAGAAGGCGCGGUUUACUGCAGCUCCGCCUGUAAAUAACGGCGUGGUGGGAGUGGCUGAACGCUACGCUUUCUUAUGCAUCUGCUACUAAUGCAAACUGACAGACAUCCCACUGUGCUCCAUCCUGUUCAGAGGAGCCCCCCCAAAGAGCGGGGAGAGGUCCUAAAGCCAACCCCUAGAGUCCUCCGACGUCCAGCAGACCUUUAUUCUAAGAAGAUAUUUAACACAUUAAUGAAAGAUUUAUAUCUCUGUAAAUACGGUAGUCCUAAUAUAUGAGCUGUUCUUCUCUAGAUCCUCCUUUUCAUUCGGACCAGAACCGAGGCGGCCGCCCGCCUCCUUCUUUUAUACACAAACCGUCUCCUCAGACGUGGGGAGUCGACGAGUGGAUGUGGGGGGGGUGAGGGGCACGGUUUUCUCAGCCAAAUAGGAAAACGAGACUCGGUCCCGCCCCCUCCUCUUCCUCCUCUUCCUCCUCUUCCUCCCGUCUUUCUGAACUGAUGCAACUGUUCUGUGGAUUUUAUCAUAACAGAGUUUUUUAAAGUGUAGUGUAAGCCUUUCCGCUCUUGGUUAAAGCCCCGCCCCCAGAGCCGCGCCGCAGAAGGUUGUGUGCAUGUUUGUUGUCAUCCUGUCUCACAGCCACACUUUGGUCUGUUUUUAGCCGCAGAAAUGAUUGACAGACGUCAGGACGCUCUCAUGCAGGAAUCUGAACCGGUGCUUUUUCGCGGUUAUCCUCCCGCCAGAGGGGGUCUGAGAGUACGCCCUUUGUGUGGGGGGGUCGUUAACCGCUGACUGAAGCAAAGACAGAGUCUGAAUCAGUAUUAGUGAGAGUUCACCAUGAGCAGGCGUAGAGAAAUAUCUCUUUUUGCUCUUUUACGCUGACAAUAGUUUGCAUUUGUUACGCUGGGGGGGGAUUUCGCCAAACGAAAACUUGUUGCAGAAUACUGGCUUUGCCGUGGGGGGGCAGUGAUGGGGGCGGACCCCACUCCUCACUGUUUACUGUGUUUCCAGAUAAAGAUUUGGUUGCUGGACAGACCCCCCUCCCCCCCGCGGCGUCCGUCUCCGACCUUUCAGAACUUUGUUGCCAAUACUACAGUGUGAUGAGAGUUUUGUUCUUGCAUGAAUAGAGACACUGUUCUCCUACCUCAUGUUGUGAUAUAAGAUGUUUUUUAAACAGAGGACACUGCAUCCAAAUGUCCACCAUCCAUAUUUACUAGUAGACCACGUCCCUGUAAAUGCUCUUAGCCGAUACCUCAGUUGUAUUUAGUGUUUGUUCAUUUGGGUUUUUCCUGGUUUCAGAUCCUGUAAAUAAACUCUGUAUAGACGAUGAACUUGGAUCAAAUUCAAGUAAAGUUCUGUAGUGUCAAAGCC